GGAGAGGAGGAGAGGGAGGAGGAGGAUCUCUCCCCAUAAGUUUACUUUGCCCUUUGCGGGAGAUGAGAUUCAGCCUCCGCAAACCCGCCGAGAGACGACCAGGGACGGGGGAGGAAACGUUGAGAGCACGCUGUGAAAUCUGCUGAAUUGAGGAUUAUCUGCGGGUCAUGGCCGGUUUGGUGUAGUCGCAGUUUUCUGUGGAUUCCCGGGUAGUGCGCGUGCAGCAGAGCGGACCGCGCGGUGCGACUCCAGGCGGCUCUGAAGGAAACCAUAUCUGGUCAAAGUAUUCGUUGCUGUCACACAGCGGGACUGUCCGGCUAUAAAUAGCGCUGGAGGAGGUCUCUCUCUUUCCCAGCAGCGCAGCAGGCACUUGGCCGCCUUUGCUGUUUCUUUACCCCUGAGCUGAGCUGGGGGUCAUUGAGAUACAGAUUUUUUUUCUCAAACUUCCAGGGUCUUGAAGGCUCCUGAUCUUCUUUUUCUCAUUUGGAGGGGCGAUUGAGGUGUGCUGUCCAUCAUGUCGGUGUUGAGGAAGGAGAUGGAGAAGUACAGGGACAUAGACGAGGACGAGCUGCUAAAGAAACUGUCCGAGGAGGAGCUGCAGCGAUUAGAGGAUGAAUUAGAGGAGCUGGAUCCUGAUAAUGCAUUGUUGCCAGCUGGGAUGCGGCAGAAGGACCAGACCAAAAAGGCUCCGACAGGAACGUUUCAGAGAGACAACCUGCUGGCUCAUCUGGAGAAACAGGCCAAAGAGCAUCCUGACAAAGAGGACCUGGUGCCUUUCACAGGGGAGAAGAGAGGGAAAGCCUGGGUGCCUAAAAAGAGGGUGGACCCCAUCAUGGAAAAUGUGACUCUGGAGCCGGAGCUAGAAGAAGCCCUGGCGAGCGCUACUGAUGCUGAACUCUGUGACAUCGCAGCUAUCCUGGGUAUGCACACCCUGAUGAGCAACCAGCAGUACUAUGGCCUGGCCAGCAGCACCAUAGUCAACAAGCAAGGCCUGAACAGUGUGAUCCAGUGCACCCAGUAUAAACCAGUCCCUGAUGAAGAGCCCAACUCCACUGAUGUGGAAGACACCCUGUUGAGAGUGAAGAGGAACGACCCUGACCUGGUGGAGGUCAACCUCAACAAUAUCAAAAACAUCCCCAUCAAGACUCUGAGGGCGUACGCUGAGGCUCUGAUGAAGAACACUGUGGUGGAGAGGUUCAGUAUUGUAGGAACCAGGAGCAACGACCCUGUAGCAUUUGCUUUAGCAGAGAUGUUGAAGGUGAACACGACAUUGAAAAGCCUGAACGUUGAGUCCAACUUCAUCACAGGGGCUGGAAUCGUGGGCCUCAUAGAGUCACUGCAGUUUAACACCACACUACAGGAGCUCAAGAUAGACAAUCAGAGUCAGCCGUUAGGCAACAAGGUGGAGAUGGAGAUAGCCAGCAUGCUGGAGAAAAACAGCACGCUGUUGAAGUUUGGAUAUCAUUUUACCCAGCAGGGCCCGCGCCUCCGAGGCUCCAACGCCAUGAUGAACAACAACGACCUGGCUCGUGUUGUCAGGUCAGAGUCGGACGGCUCCUUCACCCUCACUCUGUCAGUCCCUGAGCUGGAGAGAGCCUUCGGGAAAAAGUUCAAGUCCAAGACUAAUAAGAAAGAGAAGGCUUGAGGGAGGACCCAUCUACCCAAAGUGUCGAACAAAUGUGUAGAAACCAGGGCCGCCCUCAACUCUCUGUUACUCCCCAAGCUUUACCAUCUUUCCAAACUCAGUCCUGUAACCCUCUCCAGCCUCACACCUCCUAUGGCCUACCCGGAAGACCACGGCCAUCACAUCAGGUUCAGUUGUCUCUUCUUUGUACUUUCCAGACCUUUUUUAGUAGAUAUUAAAGGAUCCAGUGGGAUUAAUCAGCAGUGUCCUUCUGAACUUUCAGUGCACGCAAAGGGUAAGAUUGUAAGUUUGUUUUUGCGCUCUGAAGUUUUGACUCCAGGUCCAGGCAUGAACAUUUGCUGUAGCUUUGCACAAACUUAUCAGUCAAGGCUUACUUUGUCAUCAUGAAUCCUUUAACAUCUCCUAAAGUGUCUAGAUUCUUUAAUAAAGAGGGCUGGAGGUCUGGUUUUGAAUGGGGCCCCAUUGUAGGGUGACAGGACACUUUUAGAAAUCCCUGUUUCUAUUGAUGAGUUGAAUGAAUUCUAAUAAUUAUUAUUAUGCUGUAAAUGAAUUGUACUGUCAUUAUUGUUGUUCCCAAAACUUUUGAUGUUGCUUCAAGGUCGACAUACAAGGUAUUUUCUUCUAAUUAUACAUAAAAGCCAAUGCCCCCAUUUGAAUUUUCUUGACCUAAAAAAAAAAACCAAAAACUAAGAAAUACUGCAGUAUUGGAUUUUGAUGCAAAUAUGAUAAUCUGACAUUACAACCUUCUCCUUAUUCGGUCUAAAAGGGUUUUUUAGUGACUCACAGUCCUCAGAUACUAUUGUAAGUCAUGCAGAUUUUUCAGAAAUGGAGAGAUUCACAAACCUGGCUACUGUGAGAUUUGAUGCUAUAUUCAGAAUAUAUUUAUUUGUGACAGACCUGGGAAAGAGUAAGAAGCCAUUCAAAUACUUAAUAUCUUGGGUUUGGUUGUGCUGGAUAGUGUAAUUACUUGUAUAAAAAUAUUUCUGUAAAUGAAAAUGUACACUCUAAUUACAUUGUUAUAUUACCCAGCAGCCCCUGCAGAGCAUUCCUGCUAGCUGGGAAUGGCAACUUUUUAUUGAUAUUACAUAUUCUAUGAACCCCACUGUAAAAUAUCUGUGUUGUUACAUAGAAUUUAUUGUCUACAAACCAUUUUGUAAGUCAGACUAUAUAAUAACCUAAAGUAACUGCAAGUAUUUGUAUGGAUUUCUGUUACACUUUCAACCAGGUCUGGUUUGUGGAUUGUUUGUGUUUAUUUUUAUUUACUGGAGCUAAAAUGUGUGGUUUAAUACAAAAUGGUUGGUACUGUUGACUUAAUGUUCAUUACAGGUUUCACAUUAAUGCCUCAAUUCAGGUUGGGAUAAUUUCAGUAAUGGAUGGUAGGAUUAUGAGGCAAUGGGUCCCUAGGUGCAGAUAUGCAAAACGCCUCAUCACCUUUGCUACA